AUGAAUCCUCGCGGGUCCGUUUGCGGCCGGACAAAAUCGUUGACUAAUGACCCAAACGACCCCAAAAUCGUUGUCUGGACUAAGCUCCAGGUGCCUCCGGGGGAGGAGCUGGAUUCCUAUUGCCAGCCGUUGCUUCAUGCAGUAGGCCACGAAAGCACAGUGUGGGCCAGAGAGCAGGGAAAUCCAGAUAUAGUGAUGCUAGCGACGUUAUGGUACACUACUUCAGAAUUAAGGGAUUUUAUGGCGUCCCCUUCAGCCCAGCUUUAUAGAGAGAGCCUUGCCAAUGCAUCAAUAGUACCUCUUAUUUCUUGGGAGACUAUUCAUGGAUACGGGUCAUGGUUUGGCCCAUUAUCUCGAUCAUUCACCCAAUUAUUUUGGGUCUAUUUUCCAGCACCUAUGACACAAGCCCAACAAGCCGAGAUUUCCAGCUUGAGAGGGAUUCGCCCGCCCGUUAUGGGAUUCAGUAUCCCACAGAGUCAGUUGCGCCAAAGACACCUUCCUGUUCAGUUAUGGGCCACCCAGACUGAACAUUUGCAUGGACAAGAAGCCCAGUUGAUGCUGUGGCCGCAUUUCUGGCGGGAUGCUGAGAAGGCUAAGUGGAGAUUUAGUGGGACAGGCAGCUACUGGGGGUCUCCAACGGAGAGAUUCAUUGAAGACCUAGAAAAGGUUGGACCUAUAGAAUGGAAGGAAGAGUUAUAUGAAUUUCGUCUUGCUGAGAGAAGUGAUCCAUUGUUAUUAGUUACCUAA